CGCUCGAGAGCGUCCAGCCGCGCUCGUCUCACGUUGCUUCAUAUUUCGGAGCGAGUCCGGAGACUGGAGCUACGCGUAUGUUUCGUCGUGCAUCGUCUCGCAACAGCAGCAUUAGCAGCCUCGGUCGCGAGUCAAGAGUCGCGGAGACGAGCUACCUACGAGGCGUCCGGAGAGGUGGUGGCGGCCAGGAGGCGCGAGGAGGUGGUUCGUAGAGUAGUGGCGAAGCGACGAUAGGCGGUAGGGGACACGGCCCGUGUGUGACUCGCGCGCGCGACACAACGGAAGAGAAUCGACAGGAACUGAUAUACGCGUACGUGCGAUGUUAGCCGUUGGACGGGCCGUACGACGAGCUUGCACGACAUCGUGUUACAUCCUACGUUCCUCGUGCGCGCGUCCACGCGCCACGCCGAUGCGAGUCGGGCGAUCGUGCCAAGCUUCUCGGUAAAUCGCGACGCGAAUUUUACCCCAUAAAUAUUGAGCCGCGGGCAAUAUAACCAACGGCCGCAUCAUGUUCUGGACGAAUAAUUACGUGUCAUCGCCGCAUAUAGAGGCACUGCUCAACAAGGAGGAUGUCACACUGCACGAGUUGAUGGACGAGGAGGAUAUUCUGCAGGAAUGCAAGAGUCAGAAUAAAAAAUUGGUCGAGUAUCUUACGAGGCCCGCCGUUAUGGAAGAGUUGGUGACAUUAGCUACUAAAGAACCCUCCACGGAUAUUGAAGAACGUUGGCGUUACAAGUAUCCCAACGUCGCCUGCGAAUUGCUCACAUGCGAUGUGCCUACAUUAAAUGAGAAAUUGGCAGGAGACGAGGCACUUUUGGCCAAAUUAUAUUCUUUCAUAGAUACUGAUCAGCCUCUAAAUCCAUUACUUGCGUCAUUUUUUAGCAAAACUAUCGGAGUGCUUGUUGCUCGUAAAAGUGAUCAGAAUUGGUAUUCCUAUCAGUUCACAUGCUUACAGGUUUUAGAAUUUCUUAAAAGUCGUCAGAGAUGCGUAGAUUUAUUGUUGCAACACUUAGAGACUUCUGCUAUUAUGGAUCUAGUAUUGAAACUUGUUACUCAGGUCGAGGGUAGUGAUAUGCGUCAAAACAUAUUAAAUUGGUUAGAUAGUCAACAUUUAGUGCAGAGAUUGGUAAAGUUGUUAGCACCUACUUCAGAAUCAACCAAACAUGCCAAUGCAGCGCAAUUACUUUGCGAUAUGGUGGCAGUGGCCAGAGAAAAUCAACGUACAACCACAGAGCGUACUGAUCCAGAUCCUAUUUUAAAUACUCUAGAAUCAGGAGAAACUGUGAGCCUAUUAUUAGAAACUAUUCUUACUGGAGAAAAGGUAGAAACUAGUAUCGUUGGUGGAAUACAAGUGCUUUUGGUACUUUUAGGUCAAAAAGCUAGCAAUGUUUCUAAUGAGGGGGAUAUACAUGGUAAUGGCGAUGAAGUCGCAGAUAAUGAGCAACGUAUUAAAAUUUCUAAUGCUAUUUUACCAUAUUUGGAACAUCUUCACAAACUUCUUCUGGAUCCGCCAUAUAAACCUGCCGUAAAAACAACCAUUGGACUUUUAGAAUGUCCAUUGGGAAAUACUCGUUUGCAUGUAGCAAAGUUAUUAAGUGCAUUAUUAUCGACGGAAAAUUUAAAGAUCCAUGAAAGUUUAGCAAAUUUGGGAACAUUCCAAACAUUAUUUGAUCUGUUUUUCAAAUAUACAUGGAAUAAUUUCCUACAUACACAAGUACAACAGUGCCUGGCCUUAGCUAUUAAUUGCGGACAUCGGGAUAAUGAUAUUAUUUAUAAUAAUAUAUUUAUCAAGUGCAAAUUAAUAGAGAGGAUCUUAGAAGCAUGGGAUAAAAAUGAGAGUAAACAAACCAAGGAAAAUGGUGUUCGUCAAGGCUAUAUGGGACAUUUAAUAAAUAUUGCAAACAAUAUUGUUACUCAAUGUGAGAAAAGUAAUAUAUUGGCCAGCUUUUUAAAGAACAAUUUGUCACCCGAGUGUCUUAGUAAAUGGGAAAAUCUUGUGAAUACACAAUUGGUGGAGAUUAAUAAAGUUCAUCAAACUGUGAUGAUGGGCGAUCGAACUCCAAUGUACCUGAUGAGCUCUGAAGAAAAUCCAGAUGACUUCAAUCCUUAUUCACAAGAGAUAUACGUUCAACAGAUGUACUCCAAUUAUCAGGGUCAACAAAUUACGCCUCCAUUCAUCGAAAACUUCGGAUUCCACGAUGACGAGUUUAACGAUGGUGAUGAUGCGCUUCAUAAUCCAGUUGACCAAUUAACAACGUUGGCCUUUACUCUCAGUGAAGAAGAUCUCGACAAGCGAGAGGAGAUGUUCAAUAAGUUGUGCCAACAAAAACAAAAAGCCGGGCUUGAGGACUGCGGCAGCGGCCUAGAAUGGGGCGACGAGGGCGAACUCACGUUCCAAACUGUGGUGGACAAGCGGGAUUGGCACUCCAAGCAACAGCAUCAAGACUCCAGUUCGUCGGACGAGGAUGAUGAAGAUCCGCGCGACGUCCACAUGGAGGUCGACACGACUGAUCCUUGGGAUACUACCGAGUCGAUGAACACCACCAUACUUCCACCGGUUAAUCCGUGGGACGUGGCGUCAUCAGAGCCAGUGGAAUCCACUGGUUGGGCCAAUUUCGAAAAUUUCGAAAAUACAUUAAGUAUAGAAAACACCACGAGCGGAGAUAACAAAACUAUGUGCGACGAGCUUAAGAAGACUUCGGAAACGACGGCUGUGGACUUAACAGAAAAGAAUAUAGCUUUUAGCGAAAGUUUUGAAAACGAAAAAAGCAGAGGCUGUAUAAGUAGUCAAGUGAUUGAAAAGACUUGUGAGAAGAAAGAUUUACCAGCUAUGGAAACUAAUCUCAGCAGCAGCAGCAGCAGCGAAAGCGAUGAGAACAAGAUGAUUACCGUGGAUGAGAAUAUCAAUUCUAACAAAUUGCCAGAUGACAGGCAUUUGUUAACGACGGACGCCAUAGAAAAAGAGAAGCCGUCAUCAACUGAAGUUUCAGUAGCAGCAGCUUCUCUGAAAAGCACGCCCAACGAUUCCAUGUCGUUGUCUAAAGACACUAAAUGAAAUGACGUUUUCCCCUGCCUAUGUUAGAUACAAUCUAUGGCAAUAGGAAGAGAAAAUCAUAUCAGUAUCGAAUACGUGAGAAUGAUCGGAAGCAUAUUACGCCUUCUCUA